UCUCUCUCUCUCUCUCUCUCUCUCUCUCUCUCUGACGUCCACACAAACCCAUUCAUAUUAUCAAAUGGUUGAGCCUCAUGGGAAACAGGCUUUCAUGAUCAAUUCUUCACCAUUAAAGGAACAUGAACAGGAAGGAAUAGAUAUUGAUCACUAUGAAGAAACCGUCUCGCCUACCGGGUGUUGCUGUUUUGGGCUAUGCUCCGAAUGGCCACGACCACGAGGCCAAGAAGGAGAUAAUAGGUAUUUAUUGCACCAGAAUGGAGAGCACAAAGACACAUGGUUGGUGGAGAAACUGAAGAAGGCAAGGGAGGUUUCCGAGAUCACAGCGGGGCCAAAAUGGAAGAACUUGAUACGAAAGAUUGGCAAGGAUUUGAAAACCAAGAAACCAAAAACACAGUUUCAGUAUGAUCCACAGAGCUAUGCUCUCAACUUUGACCAGGGCUUUGAAGAGGAAGAAGAGGGUUUGGUGCGUGGUUUUCCAUCAAAGUUUGCACCUCCUUUCUCUGGCGAAUUACAAAGGCAAUCAGAGUUGUAAAUGUGGUAUUUUAUUACAUUCUUUUGUGGUGUUGAUCAUGGAAGAAUCUCUUAUAAAUAAAAGGAUUUUUUUAUUCUUUUUUAUUGAUCAAGUUAUAUGCAUGGGUUAUUUAACGAGUUUAUGUCUCUGUUGUUUCACAUAAUUUCAAUCUU